CAAAUAUCGUCGCGGCCGCUCCAUCCGUCUUGUCGGCCUCAGCGUCGCCUGGAGCAGCGCCGGCGUGCACCAAUCACGGGCGGGUGUCCAAGCCCGGCCAAGUGAACGGCCAAGACCCAAGAAGAAGACGGCCACUUGGGUUCCUGUCGUCUCCUGAGGUCUGCUAUAUCAUGCCCAUCCCGCUCGCCGUCUGCCUGCUCGCACCCCGUCGCCGGACGCCCCUCGAGACGUAUCGCCGGACGCCCAUUGAGUUGUAGCGCCCACGACGCCCGCCGCUCAUGGACCCCCGACACGCGCCGGUGCCCUCUCCGGCCACACACACGCCGGCCCGCAGCGGCCACUCGUCGCCCGACACCGACUACGACUCGGAGAGCAACGACAAGCGCAGCGAGAUCUCUCAAGCGCACGACACAUACCAAAAACACUCCCAGCCGUCGCAGCAGCGGCCCCGUGACCUCGCCCGCGCCCACGACUCCGUCAUCUCGCCCUUUUCCUCUGCCGCCUCCGCGCCGCCAAGCCCCGGCUCCAGCUUCUCCAGCGACGCACGCCAGCACCACGCGCCGCCCCCUAGCCACGACACCCGCCACAGCCGCGUCUCCUACCCGCCGCGCGCCCACCUCGACCCCGAGAAAGCCGCCCCGGAUGCCUUCUCGGCGCGCUCGCACCGCGCCUCCGCCGUGCACGAGAAGACCGAGUACCUCGACGACCACGGCCCCGAGGACAAGGCCUGCCAGCUGCUGUUCUUCCUGUCCGGCCCGUGCGCGCUGCUGUCCGCCGCCAUCACCCUCUGGACCCUCGUCGCGCUCCUGCUCGCCCUCGCACUGCACCCGCUGCGCUACUGCACCGCGCGCGCGCCGCUGCGCUCCCAGCUCACCGGCCUGCUCGCGCCCGCGCUCGAGCUGCAGCUGCGCCGCAUCUACUCCUCGUUUGCCGCGGACACCGCCGACGCCGACGACGACGCAAACGCGUACAGCGUCCCCCUGCUGCUGCUGAUCAACCUCGCGUCGCCGCUGGUCGCGCUCGGCGUCGCGGUCGCGUCGUGGACGGCCGCCGGGUUCUGGUUCUUCAGCCUGAUUUUGGGGGAUCCGGGGGGUCAUGACGGGGGGCGGCACAACGACGGGAAAGACAGUAUUCUCGGGGUGCGCGGGUAUUGGGAGCGGUGGCUGGUGCGGGCGCUGAGAUAGGCGCGGUGGUGGUGCAUGCAGCUGUGGUUGUGGUUGUUGUGGUGGAUGCCGGCAGACGGCGUCCACGCUCCGCCUUCUUCUUUGCAUAUUUUCGACGCGGGCUCGCGGGCUCGCGCAUGACGGCACGGCAUGGCGUUUUCCUCUCUCUUUGGCGUUUUAUGGUGGCGCGUGCGACGGAUCAGAGGGCUCUCUCCGUUGGUUUAUACCCCGUUUUCUUUCUUUGGGACUGGCGUUUGGACACUGAGGUGGGGCGGGGGUGGUGCAGAUGGGACGGUGGAGCGGUGUAGGAGGCCCGUGGGGCUGAGGUGAAUGAUAUUGAU